CUGUAAUGAUACAGCCGUACGUGUAACCAGAGAGCACCAGCUCACUCAGUUCUAUGUGUGUGUGAGAAAGAAAAGAGAAAGGGUGGAAGGGGGGGCCUGAUCUCAGCAAGAACGUGAAGGCAGCGACAGAAGAGAGAGUCGGUGGAUAAAGGCAGAAAGAGAAGAAGGAGAAGCGGCAACGAAACUGUCCCCCCCCUCCACCUCCAAGCGACCCUGUCCCUCCUUCCUUCCUAGACUGCAAGGCGGUGGCGACGGCCCACAGGAGAGCUGCGAGCGCACAUGCACUGCACACUGUCUGUCUGAGUCGGACUCGCUCGCGCAACAAAGAGCGGCAUCACAGGCUGAGCGAUCUUCCGCGGACCCAGCAUGAAGAAGAACAACUCGGUGAAGCGGGGUCCCCAAGAUGCGAACCAACCAUCCGCACAACCUGAGAAGAUCGGCUGGAUCCGGAAAUACUGUGGCAAAGGGAUAUUUAGGGAGAUCUGGAAAACCCGCUAUGUGGUGUUGAAGGGGGAUCACUUGUACAUUUCAGAGAAAGAGGUCAAAGAUGAGAAGAAAAUCCAGGAGGUGUUUGACCUGUCAGACUAUGAAAAGUCCGAAGAGCUACGGAAAUCCAAGAGCCGAAGCAAAAAGAAUCAUAGCAAGUUUACUUUACUAAGAUCAAAACAGCCUGGAAACACUGUCCCUAACUUGGUUUUUUUGGCUGUCAGUCCUGAAGAAAAAGAGUCCUGGAUUAAUGCUUUGAAUGGAGCAAUCACAAGAGCCAAGAACCGCAUCUUUGAUGAAGUCACUGUAGAAGAGGACAGCUACCUCGCCCAUCCAACCAGGGACCGCGCCAAGAUCCAGCACAUCAGACGCCCACCCACUCGGGGGCACCUCAUGGCUGUGGCAUCUACCUCAACGUCAGAUGGCAUGUUGACCUUAGACCUCAUCCAGGAAGAAGAUUCUUCCUCUGAGGACCAUGGAACAUGUGAACAAAGCUUCCGGGUGGACCUUGACAAGUCAGUAGGCAAGAUGGCAUCAGUGCGACGAAGAUCAGACAGUGAAAGCUCCAAACCACUUGCCGAAGGAAGUGAUGCCAGUGUAGUGAAGUUGGAUGGCCUACUACGGAAGAAUGAAAUUUCCUGGGAAAAAAAACAGGGUGAAAGCAGACCAUAUACCCCGCAAGUAGUUAAAAAACCUUGCCCAACUGAGAAAAAUAGAUGUGCCUCAUUAGAGGAGAUUCUCUCACAAAACGACUCGGGUGUGCAUACGGGGAGUACUACCACCGCACCUCUGAAACUACUGCAGGAACUUAUUGAUCAGAAACUGGAGAGGACUCAGGAGCUGCUUGCCGAGAUAAAAGUGCAGGAACAUGGACGGAAAGGAAAAGCCAAGGACUUGCCAGCGAGUAAGGCAUUGGACUGUGAAAGCAGCCGUCUAGAGGCAGAAAGGCUUCUUCAAGAGGCCGCCUCUAACUGGGGUCAGGCGAAAGAUGUUCUGGAGGAGGUGAAAGAACUGAGGGCUUUGUAUCGGCAAAUGGACCUGGACAAGACCCAGCCUCUCUCACCAGUGAGAGGAAAGCUUAAGAGCCCCCACCAGAGUCAUUAUAGGAAAAGUAUGAUGUAGUGAAAAGGGACAAAAAAAGAAAAACAAAACAGACACAAGGGCACUCUGCCUCAUGGCCUACUUUUCUCUCUUUCUCUCUCUUUCUUGCACUCCUUAUAUCUGUCUUUUUCUGAUGUGCAAUCCAAGGUACUGUAUAUUUGUUCUUAGCUAGUCAUCUCUCUUUUUUUUAUUUUAAAAUCACAAACACUGUUAGCCAGUUGUAUUCAGUCGUCUUGCUUUCUCUGUGUUUUUUUUUUUUAAAUGUUUACUAUGUGCAACAACAGUAUUUUGAAUUUAAUUUACAUGUAGCAGAGGUUAAUGGUGUUAUAUUCUAAUACACCCUAGUUUACAUCAUGCUGGACCAUCAGCUAUAUUUUGUAAUAAUUUCUAGUCAUUUUUUGAAAGUCUUUUUAACUUUUCUUUAACCAUUAUGGCUAGAAAAAAAGGAUUUAGAAAUGCUGAGGACUUUCUGAUGUGUAGUGUUUGAGAUGCAGCACAUGCAGCGGCUUUU